AUGAUGUUAUUGGAAUGUUGGUAUAUAUCAAAUGACGAUAAACCGUCAACCGUACUUGGAGCAACAAGUAGUGAAGAGUUGAUAAUGAAAUCCAGCACAAUUGUUUUGGAGCCUUUCUGUCGGAGUCAAGAUACCGGACCAACGAGUGAAUUAAUUCAGAAAUUACGUUCAAUUAACAACGAUAUCCUUGCUGUCAUCGAUCCAGUCCUACACGCACAUCUCAUGAAGUUGGAUAUUGCACCUCAACUGUUUGGAAUUCGUUGGAUUCGACUGCUGUUCGGUCGUGAAUUUCCUGUUCACGAUUUGUUGUUUGUGUGGGAUGCAAUUUUGGCGCAUCAACCGAUAUUAUCGCUUGUUGAUUAUAUAUUCGUUGCAAUGCUCGAACAGAUCCGUGAUCUACGUUAG